AUGCCUGAAGAAACAAAUAAUAAAUACUUAACCGAAAAAGUCUUAGCAUAUAAUCCUAGUCAAGAUGAAAUAAAAUAUUAUCACAAAACUGGCGAAAAAUCCGUAAGAUUUAUAUUUUGUAAACAAAAGUUAGACCCAUUUGAAAUCGAAAAAGUUCAAGGACUUAAAGAUUAUGUACGUAAUGAAAUUAAUAAAGAAAUUGAGCUAGCUAAACAAUCAAAAGGCCCCUAUCCUCAACGCUCAUAUGAUGACAUAUUUAAAAAGACACUUUUUAAUGACGACAACUAUGUGUUGCGGUUUCUACAAGGAAACGAGUUUGUUUAUGACAAAUGCUACGUUGAUAUCCUUAGACAUUUAAAAUGGAGAGAAGAGAAUAUUCCAAUACAUCGUGAAGAUAUUAAGGAUAUUAUAAACAAAGGAUAUAUUUAUGUUCACGGACGAGACAAAAACAUGCACCCAAUCAUUGUCAUCAACUGCAAACGCUUCAUCACUGUCAAUACGAAGGAAGUUUUAAGGGUUGCCUUUUACUGGAUGGAAUUUGCUAUAGAGCAUUUAUUUGUUGAGGGAAAGAUAGAGCAAUGGAGAGUCAUCAUAGAUCUAUCUUCAUGUAGUGUUUUAAAUAUCCCUAUAUCAACAUUAAAGGAGAUAUCCCAAAGUUUAAGUUGUAACUAUAGGUCGAGAUUGGCGAAAAUGCUUGUUUUAAGUGCACCUUUCUUUAUAUCAGGAAUGUGGCAUAUGCUUAAAUCAAUUAUACCCUAUAAUACCCAACAAAAAAUUUCCAUCACCUCUGCAAGCAUUGAUAAAAAAUUGCUUGAUCAAGUUGACGCAAACCAGCUAGAGAAAAAGUAUGGAGGAACAUGCGAGAAUGCCACAGUUUUUUCAGAUCCAAUUCUUCCAUAA